AUGGUUGAAAUACCAUGGAACAGAAACCCGGUUUCAGAUUCACGACCAUCAAGAAUGAAGCCCGUGGCGCCCCCUAUACCACCUCCGCCACCUCCGCCGCAGGUCUCUAAUGCUCGGCUCGAGCCGUGUGCGUCAACUGCAUCAUUGUUUCUCUAUGCUCAGGGCUCGGUGGUUGUAUGCCUUCAUCAUGAUACCUUGGCUCUCGAACGACGCUUCGAAAAUCACCAAGCAGAUGUUGAAUUCAUCUACGUGGAUAAUGUGAGUGAGCGGGGAGCAGGACGACUGGUGGUCAGUUACGAUGUCAGCCAAACUGCGAUCGUGUGGGAUCUUUUCACUGGCAGCGUGCUUGCCAGGUUUGCAUCCUUUGAACAGCUCAAGGUUGCCGCUUGGAUGCGGAACGGGAAUGUGGUCUUUGGCAAUGAAAAAGGUGAUGUGAUCAUUUUCGAACCCUCUACCUCCGAACAUGUCUCCUGUCGCACGAUUUUCGAUCCCAUCACGGCUCUAGCUCCUGCCACGGAUUGUCGGACAUAUGCUAUUGGAUACCAGAAUGGCUCCAUUAUGCUCGCCACGCUUCACCCAACAUUCAGUAUCUUGCAUACGAUGACCACCUCGCGAGGACCAUCAGCGAUCAUGUCGUUAGCAUGGCAUGCAUCAUCAUCUAAGCAAAAGUCCGAUAUGUUGGCCACGCUAUCAGCAAAUGGCGACUUGAGAGUCUGGAGUGUGGCGAAGCCUCCGGGGAAAGAGACGCCACGGGUGAUAAGAGUCCUCAAGCGGUCUGAUGGCUCUCCCGCAUCGGAACCGAAGUGGAUGGCAUGGUCCAAAAACGGCCGAAUCGUGCAAUUUCUUGAAGGGGAAACGUGGGCUUGGGACGUCAGGACAAAACACGUCACGUACGAGCCAAUUCCCACGAUUGACAAUCCUCGUGGCUUCGCCAACUAUGGGCCAACUGCCACGCUCUUCACCCUUGGACCUCAGUACACCGUCCAACAAUAUGAUGUAGAUAGCCCUGCCAUGGUUGCAAAUGUCCAGCACGUCCCGGCCGGGUCUUUGCCAGCACCCAUGGAACAGCCGAAAUUACGCACCUUGCAGGAUCCCCCCACCAUGAGGGAAUCAGGAGCCAUGUCUAACCCCCGAAGAACGCCAUUUGACAUGAAUGGAAUUGAAACCGUCCGGCAACAGCGGGCCGAUGUUGGUAGCCCUAUUCCCAGGAGCCACGCCAAUUCGGUUACAAAUUCUGUCAGCUCCAAGGCGUCCUCGAAUAAUUAUAGAAUGCCAUUCUCGCCACCCAGCAGGUCCGGUCAGACAACCACUUCUUUCUCAUUGACGUCGGCAUCCGGGAGAGAAACUCCACAGGCAUCUGGUGCUUCCUAUGCAUACGCCUCGUCUGUUUCGAUGUCGUCCACCAAAAGUUCCCGCGCCGGUUCACGGCUGAGAAAUGAAGUGCAGCUUAGUCCAGCCGACAAGCCCGCUGACCUAUUCCCGUUUACACGUGCCCGGUUGAAUGACGUGCCUUAUGGACACCAUCAACCCCUUGAUGAGUCUUGUCUUACCCCAGACGAUCUACGUCGACAGAUGUUGAGUGUUGUCUUUGGCCACGACGGGGAUAUUGAAGGAUUGAUUAGGGAUGAACUCAGCAAUCACCCCCCAGCCAGCCAAAGUGGUAUCCUGCUUGCUCAAUGGAUCGGUGAAUCUGAUACAGACAACAUGACAUCUUUGAUCAGCUCCGGAGCAGCCUCGACCACUGAUUGGAUGCUCCUGGCAUUCAGUCAGAUGUCCGGAGAAUCACAGUCUAACAAGAUUGGGCAGGCUUUGGUCCAGAAGUUGCUCGAAAUUGGAGAUUUACACACCGCAGCCACCAUACUUCUCGGGUUAGGAGACAGAAACGACGCCAUUGAAGUCUAUGUUUCUCAGAACUACUAUAUGGAGGCCAUUCUGAUGACCUGUCUUGUGAUGCCUACAGACUGGCAGCGGCAAUCAUAUCUCGUGCGUCGGUGGGGAGAGCAUGUGGUAUCUCACUCUCAGCAACAGCUGGCAAUUCGUUGUUUCAUGUGUACGGGCGUCGAGCCCUCUGAGCCAUGGACGUCUCCGGCCGCCCAGCAGGCCACUUCUUUCUCGGAAGUGAUGACGAAGCGAUCGCCAAUGACAUCCCCAGAGCCUCCAUACCCUAACCCGGCGAGCCUUAUGGUACCAGGUUCACAGCCUAAACCGGCUGCUAAUGGCAGACCGCUGGCGAAGACACCAGCGCUCAAGCUCAUUACUUCAUUUGAUUCUCAACCGAACAAUCGGUUUAGAUUUCCCGGCUUGAAAUCCGAUGACAGAACGCCCACAAAUGCCCCUGGGGUUACGCCCAUUGCAGAAUCCGCCGUGAUCGAAUCUGCUCUGUCUCCAGGUGGAUUUGGAUCAUACAAGCUGAAUAACAUCCAGAGCAUCAACAAUGCGAUGAAUACGCGGACGACUACCCCCGCCUUUAACCGGAAGCGUCUUCCAUCGAUCGGGGAGACACCAAUUGACGUACACCCUCCUACAUUCCCGAGUCAAUCAGUACAUCCUCCUACGUUUGCAAGCAAUCCAGUCAUGGACUACGGGUCAACGUCGGAAAAUGACGAAGGUCAGCCGCCCCCCGAGCAAGACGGGAAUGAAGCGGAUGACGAGCAGCUUGGUCUGCUGUCGUCGGCACGCUAUGAGCCGGACGAGUACAAACCAAGCCCCCAGACUGCGGUUCAGGCGACAGCGGACAAGUUUGCAACCAUCAAGGGUCUUCCCUCUCCAGCCGCUGGGGUCUUUGAGGCACUCAUGGAACGUUCAGACAGCCGGAAUGGAACUCGAGAUCGGAAGCCAGACGGCUUGCAACUGAAUCUUGAUCACGGCAACUCCUCCCAGACCGACCUGCAAGUCCAGUCCGAUAUGGCGGCCAGCUUCCGAAGCCCAGCAUCAACGUUGAAUAGCUUUAGCUCUGCAAGAAGCCCCAGCGUCAGUGGUCGCAGUAUCGAUCCCUAUAUUAGUAGCCUAGGGGAGGCGAACUACCAUGCAAAGAAGUACCAGGCGCCUCGUGCCAACGGCCGAGGAAGGAGGAAUACAGACGACUCGGUCAGUCAGACCUCGGCUCGGCGGUACCACUCUAGGAAUGCAUCACAAGAGACGCGUGGGCGACACGAAAGGAGGUAUAUCCCGCCUGCCAAGCGCUCGCCCUCUUCUCCUGUUCCUAUGUCUCCGGAGGAGCUGGCUCAGAUUAACGCCAAUGCCGCCAAAAAACCCACCUCUCGGACACGGAGCGCUAGCAGGGUUCGCAAACCACGCUCUCGGAACUCCUCUGAGCGUCGUCAAAACCGUUCUGCCAGCCGAAACACGGCAACUCACCUGGGUACAGAUAAGAAUGGUGCUAUUACCCGAGGGCGCAGCAUGGACAGACAAGGGUCAAGUACCCGGUCCCCUUCAUCCCCAUUGCCUGGCUCCAAUGCCGAUGAUGCGCUGAGGCUUGUCGCGAGUGAUAGAGAACGGCUGCGCAUCCGCCAGCGGAGUGGCAGUCGUCGUCCGGAGAAGGGAUCCGGAGCCAAAGCUGAGGUAUACUCGGAAUCGAAGUGGACCAGAGCGCGCUCUCGCAGCCGUCAAGACGCUGAACCAAGAGCAAGCGCGGAAGAUGCAACGGAUGUCAUCAUCUCAAGCAAUGUGCAUGAUGGCAUCUACCUUACGGGUUAUCCAAGUGCCAGGAACAUGCCGGCAGAGACACCGCGUGAAGUGCCUGCUGCUGGCGUUCCACAGCUUAGCCUUGCGGAAAAGAAGAGGAAGGAGCUUGCUGCAGCCGAGCUUGAGGCACGACGCCUUUCGCUUGCACGGAAUCCAUCUGCGCCUAAUAUCCCAUUCCCAGGAGAGCUGCAGCCCAGUCGCACCCCCUUGGAGAGUCCGCCAUUUUCGGUUCAUAGUUUUGCGCCACGUACUCCUGGUCGGAACCGGGCUGCGACAAACACCACCAAGGCCUCGCCAGAAUACCCAAGCAGCUCGGACUCGAACUCGUCAAGGUCUGGUGUGCCAUUGGGACUGCCUGCAACUCCGAAGGCCAUGCGGCAUCCGAAAUACAACGGAUACGAAGAAACUGCGCCCGUUCCUCCCGUGCCCGACAGCACCCUACUCAGUGAUGCCAAGUAUCAAGGUGAUGCGGAGCGGAUCGGUCGUUCCAUGUCUGUUCCAGUUCCUGAGAGCCAUCAGCCUGGUGCAGUGCCCACCGAUCUCCCAAUGCAUCCGCGAUUCAACCCUCACCUGCCGAGAAGUCGGUCCACCAGUCGAACGCGGAAUAGGGCCCAUCGGGACAGUGGUGGAUAUAGCUAUGGGGGCUCCCCUGUGACCGUCAGCAUCGAGGAGACCAUUGAAAAUGCAAUGGGAGGACAACAGGCUGACCCUCCCAUCCUGCCGGAGCUCCAGCAUCUGAACCCACCGCCACCACCCCCUCCGCCAACCGCUCCUUUGGCCUCUCCACGUGAAUCUUCGGGAACAAUUGAUAUUGCCAUUGAUAACGAGGAUUUUGGACGGUUACUUCCCCGCGCGAUGACGGCAGCGCCGGCCUUUAACAUGGAAGGCCACCCGGGUUUGGAACACCGCCGUAUGUCGCUGGAGCACCGACGGGGGCGCAGCGUCAAUGAGAGCUUGAGCAGCAAAAUCCGCAAUCUGGCUCGGAUGGGUAGCACCAAGAGCACCGACUCGUGGGUUGCUUCUGAUAUAACACUGCCUUAUGAGACUGUGAUAGUCGACGGGCGCAUCUAG